GACACGGUGGCGACGGUUGUCCGUACUUUAAGAUUAUUUUUUAUUUUAUUAGUAGUGAAAAAUGAGACCAUCAAUGUGAUUUUUAACGAAUUAAUAAAGACGUUUAUUUAUUUAAAAAAAUAACAUGAAUGGAAAUCAAGUCGGCACAUUGAGUGAGGUUGUUGAGAAGAAAAAUGAUAAUGCAUCAUCCUUGGAUCAUGCUAUGCACGUCGCAGGUAUCGGUUGGUACAACAUCAAAUACUGCUUGGUGUUAGCUCUCUUCCUCAUAGCAGCUAUAGUAGAGCCGAUUGGUUACUCCUACAUAUUGCCAGCAUCUAAAUGUGAUCUAAAUAUAACGGAUGCACAACGAGGAUUUCUGGCCUCCGUCCCAUACAUAGGUAUUGUACUGACAUCAUUUCCAUGGGGCUACUUAGUGGACACUCGGGGCAGGAAGAAGUCAUUGAUUUUGGGUUCUUUGGCGGCGGGCAUGUUUAUAAUGCUUUCCGCCUUUAUGCCAAACUUCAUUAGUUUUGCUGCCUGCAAAUUCUUGUCAGCGUUAUGUACAGCAUGUCCGGCAGCAGCACCUUACACAUUUAUAGGGGAACUCGUUCCCCUGAAGUAUAGAGAUGUCACUUUGUCUGUAACUAACGCAAUGCAGAUAUUAGGAUCCGUCAUAGUACCUUUGUUCGCCUGGGCUGUCCUACCUUUAGACUUUAGAGUGGAUUUCGGAGCUUAUGACUUUCGACCAUGGAGACUACUGACAAUGAUGUACGGUUUUUUAUUCAUAUUAGCGGCUCUUUUGUUGUUAUGCGGACCAGAAAGUCCAAAAUAUCUUUUGUCUCAGGGAAGAUAUGACGAAACUUUGGAACUGUUAAAGAUAAUAUAUUCGAAAAAUAAAAAGAAAUCGCCUGAUGAAUUUCCGAUAAAGAGUCUUAAGAUCGACGAAACUGUUCAAAAAGAAAAAAUUAGAUUCUUAACAUCUUUGAAAGUACAAACAUUGCCUUUAUUUAAACCGCCUUAUAUAAAAUGGAUGAUACUCAAUAGUUCUAUCUUCUUUGGAAUUCUUGCAACAGCUAAUGGUCUUUAUAUUUGGGUGCCUGAUAUUAUAAAUCGCGUGCUAACAGGUGAUAGUGAAGGAGCAACGGCAUGUGAAAUUAUCGCCCAAAGACUCAACGCUACGGGAGAUGACAUUGUCGAAUGUGAUGAUUCGCUGGACACAACCACGUUCCUCAUCAACUUUGUCGCUAAUUUGACUUGUGCAGUUAUCGCAAUCGUAGUCAGUAGUACCGUCAAGAUCAUCGGCAAGAAGAACUUACUAAUAUCAGUGCUGUUGAUAAUCGGUCUAUUUUGUGCAUUAGUUAAUGUGGUAACGCAAGAUAUAUUGUUUGUUAUAUUCUUGUCUGCGAUGCCAGUGCUCGCAUUAGCGAUAGGACCAGUUAAUGCAUACGCUGUAGAAAUAUUCCCAACACAUCUAAGAGGCAUGGCUGUCAGCUUAUCAAUGAUGAUGGGUCGUAUUGGCUCCGUAAUUGGAGCUAAUAUCGCUGGGAUUAUGUUAAACGCUGCCUGUGAAGUCACAUUCUAUUUCUUUGGAGGAUUACUUAUGUUUUGCGGUUUGAUGUCGUUCCUAAUGCCCUCUUCUAAAGCGAAACAAACCAAAGAGGUGUUGAUGACAAAAAUGUGAUUUAUAGAAACGAAGUAUCGUAAAUAAUUGUACGUAUAAAAUAAGCCAUGUAAGAU